UCCCACUUCUAUUUAUAUUCACUGUUAGUCUACCAAAGCCUUCAAGUUGUUAACUAUUGAUGGCAUCUGCAAGGACCUACUCAUUUAGCUUCAGGGUGUUUGUUAUAGUCCUUUUUCUCUUAUCUCUCACAUUAUCACUUUCCAUAUCAGUUGAUGAUGAAUCAAGUGUGGGAGAAAACAAGAAAAUUUUAGGAUCAAGGCCACCUGGGUGUGUGAACAAGUGUGUGAAUUGCAGACCAUGUCAGGCUACUUUGGUUAUUCCUCCACAUUCUAAAUUCAUUGAUUCUUCUCAUUGGGAAGAUAAUUACUAUCUCCUUUCGUGGAAAUGCAAAUGUGGUGAUAAACUCUUUCAACCUUGAUCUUUAAGAUGUUAGAUGAUGCUAUGUGAAUUGUGGUCAAGUGUUUUGUUGUAUAAUUAGAUGCAGGUUAUAACCAUGUAUCUGAUUAUCUGCCUCUUUUUUCUGAUUAAGUAAUAUUGUAUCUACUUUGCGAAUUACUAAAUUCAAAUAUUAGGGUCUGUUUCUUUUUCU